AUGGCUUUCCCCGGGAGUCUCGGCUCCAUCCCUGCUGCGGGCAGCGAGGAGCCCCUGCGCUCUGCAGCGCCCGCUUCCUCCACCCGCACACGUCCGCGCCCGGCCCUGGCCCCGCUGACCCGCGCCCCUUACCCCGCGCAGCUGGAGGGGGGCGUCUCACUCUCUCGUCCCCCCCGGGCAGGGCUGUACCUGUGUGCUGUGGCGGUCGCCUUGGAGGUGUCGGUGGGCAAGACCAACGUGGUGACAGCUCUGAACGGCUCGGAUGUGCUGCUGCCCUGCGUCUUCACCACCUGCAUCGGCUUCUCGGACCUCGUCUUCACCUGGUGGUACAACGACAGCACAACGCUCUGCCGCGGCUUCAUCAAGAGCAAGGCGGUGGAGCCCAAGGUGCAGAGCGAGGACUUCAGGGUUGUCUUCGUUGGCUCAACCACUGGCAAGGACAACAACAUCUCCAUCGUCCUCCUCAACGUGGACUUCAGUGACGCCGGGAAGUACACCUGCCACGUCAGGAACCCCAAGGAGAAGAACGCGGAGCACUCCUCCUACAUCGAGCUGCAGGUCGUGCACAAGCUGGUGGUGGCAGACAACACGCUGACACUCAUCAUUGUGGCUGUCGUGGGCGGGCUCAUCGGCCUCCUCAUCCUCUUCAUGCUGGUCAAGAAGGUUGUCCUCUUCAUCAUCAAGAAGACCCAGGAUGGGAAGAAGGAGUGUCUCGUGAGCUCGUCGGGCAACGACAACACGGAGAACGGCCUGGCGGGCUCCAAAGCGGAACAGAAAGUGACACCAAAGGCAUGAAGCAAACGCAGCACAAAGCACCUGCCUGCAAGGAGGCGAAACCCCGCUGGAGCAGGGGCUGGACCGAUGACCUUGUCAAACUAACCAUGCUUAGGACCUGUCUGUAUUACACACGUGCCUGCAAUUCGCGCUGCUGCUUCUCAGACGAGACUGCAACCGCCGCGGGGCCCGGGAGCAGCUCGGGGGCCCCGGCUGGAGCGGGCGGACGACCCGGCGGCUCUCGGAGCAGGGACGGCGCAUGUCAAGUAAGAGGGAAGAGGCAGGGGCCUGGGCUCCUGGCAGGGCUGCGGGCCGGAGCGUGGCACUGCCCGCGGCGCUCCGGCGUGGCUCUCCCCUGGAGCUCACUGCAGAACCAAAUUUAUGUCCCCUCGCGUGCCUGCCAUGGCCUUCGCCUCCGCUCCUCGCCGGCUCUUGCUCCCCGGAGGGCCCGAGGCCCCCUGGGUGAGCCGCCCCCCGUGGGAUCCCCUCUCCGCCCAGGGGCCCCUGUUGCU